AUGACUUCCAUCCUACUACUGAGUAGGGAAAAUGACUAUGUAGAAAUUCAGACUGCUAUAGGCGAGAGUAGUAGCAAUAUUUUGGGUCCGAAAUCCUAUGUAAUAGGACAUGUGGUACUGCAGACCAUGAGAAAACAUCAAGUCAAAAGGAGUAAAUGUGCACCUAGUGGGGAUAGAUGCAACUGGGCAGGACAUAGGGAGGACUGGUCUGAUGCACGGGAAUGUCGGGUCAGGAUCGGACAUGCAUCGGACUGUCGGACUUGGGUCGGGGUAGUCAGAAUCACAAUAUCAUCAAUGAGCUGGGAUAUCAGAUUGAAGGUCAGAGAAUGUCACGACACAUACAGCAAUGAUUCGAAAAAUGUGAGGUAUCUCAAGCAUAGGGAAGCUGAUGCGAUGAUGUGCGAGGGUGUCCGAAGGUGGUCCGAUGCGCGGGAACUUUCUGAGUGCAUGUCCGAAAAUGUGCUGUCUAUCUCUGUCUUCAUCGGCGAGGGUGUGAACUGUGCAAUGUCUGAGCUUCUGAUGCGAUGGCUGAAGGUCUGA